GAAAUAGUUUUACAUUUUUCGUAUUUGAUAUGUAAAUUUAUUAAGUCUUUACCGAAAUUUUACGUUGAAAUAAUAAAAAUUAAUAUAAAAACCCUGGUUCAUUCAAUUACAUUACGGUUAUGUUAUCCAAAUUAAAUUUCGUUAAGCUCGGUGUUCGACAUGUGUUUGUGCGGCGACAUUGUAUUUCGACGAUGCGACGCAAUUUAUUCACGCCAGCCAUAAGUCCACAGCAGUUCUCCAGCUCAGCAUUGCCGCAUCAAUGGAUAUUUGCGCAGAGAAUGUACUAUCACAACGUCGAGGCGAAUGCAACCGGUGCACAGCGACAGCGACAUCUAAUAGAGCGACAGAGCCGGACGCAAUAUCAACCGUUAAAAAGUGCGUUUGGCGUACCUUUGAGCAGACGCGCUGCCAUGCCAUCGAUGAUAACCCACCAGCGGCACCUCAGACCACUGCAGAGCCCAUUGAUUGGACCGAGGCGGACGGUGGAUGCGCCAGUGCCAGCAGGCUCUACUCCAACCAGCAAUUGCGUUGACAUUAUAAGAACCUAUGCAACGGAUUUGGUGCGGGAGAAACUAAUAGAACCCUUUGGCAGGCCAGCGAAGAAAACGAAACGAAAAGUCACCGUGGUGGGCUGCGGCCAAGUCGGCAUGGCCGUCAUAAUGAGCAUACUAGCGCAAAAUAUCUCCAACGAAGUGUGCAUUAUAGACGCCAACGAGAAGCUGGUGAAGGGUGAAUCCAAAGACGUUCAGCAAGGUUCUCUAUAUUUAAGAGAUGCCGUCAUUAUAGGCAACACAGACUACAAAGCAUCCGAGGAUUCAGCGGUUUGUAUUAUCACAGCAGGGGAGCGUCAAAAGAAGGGCCAAACACGGCUGGAUCUCUUGAAAACGAAUGUGAAAAUUAUGAGUCAAAUAGUGCCGCCACUUGUAAAAUACUCCCCCGAGACAAUACUAAUAAUAGUCUCGAAUCCAUGUGACAUUUUAGCACAUGUGGCCUGGAAAACUUCCCAACUACCUCUGGAACGCGUAUUCGCCUCUGGCACGCACCUGGACACCGCACGGUUCCGUUAUUUUAUAGCAAAACGUUUAGGCGUCUCUGCGAGUUCAGUGCAAGGAUAUGUCAUCGGUGAACAUGGUGACUCCUCAGUACCGGUAUGGAGUGCCGUUAGUGUGGGUGGCAUACGUUUUCGGGAUCUUUCGAAAUGUGCAGGCGCCGAAGGUGACACCGAUCAAUGGCAUGAGGUGCACAAUCAGGUGGUUAAAGCUGCUUAUGAAGUUAUUGCCGGUAAAGGGUAUACCAAUUGGGCCAUUGGUUUGACGGUGGCGUCGCUCGUUUCGAUGAUUUUAGAUAACAAAAAUGAGGUGGCUACGGUUUCCACAUUGGCGAGGGAACGUGAAGGUAUUGAAAAUGAUGUGUUCUUAUCCUUACCGGUUGUUCUUGGCGCAAAUGGUGUAACAUCCUUUAUUAAGCUACAAUUGAGUGGCUUGGAACAGCAGCGCUUAUGUAAGUCGGCUGAAACUCUGGACAAGGCGAUGCAAUCGCUGAAAGGGAAAAAAUGAGCGCAAGGGAUUUCGGCGAAUAUAACACAACACAUCAAGUUCAAAUUAUUUUUUUCAAAAUUAAACGAAGUGAAUCCAAUUUGUCGUAAAAACUAUUCGAAAUGAAAUAAAUGUAGAAAAGAUUGUUUUAUCAAAUUAGCUAUGGCUAGAUUGAAAAACAUAGAAAUCAGAUCAUAA